UUUUUCACAAUUAUCACGUGGCUCGUGAAUUUGGUGUCGAAGAAUUAUUUGUAAUUUUCAAUUAUUUUCUCAACGUUUCUUCGUUUGGAGGAAAAAUUUUGCGCGAUGUGACGCGGGGGUGGUGUUUUCUCAGUAUUUGUUCGUUACACAAGCGCCAAAAAAAUAAGCAGCUUUGCGAACGGAGGAAUUAACGUGAAUAAAUAGAAAAGAAAAACGAGCAAACAAAUAAAUAAUAAUUAGUGAAGGGUGAACACGUCAAAGCGUAUUGCUUAAUCAUUUUAAUUAAUCCCUACUGCCCAUUGAAUUGAAUAAAAAAAAAAACAAAACGGUCUGUCGCCUACAUUCACUGGCAAGAUAAAUUUUUUUUUUUUUCGUUCAUUUUAUUUAUUUUAUUUCGCGUGUGAAAUUAUCUCGGAAAUUUUACUCUCCGCACCAUCCGGGAUCCUCUCCGAGUUCAGUGUGACGAUCUGUCGGAAGUUAUAUAAGCGAGAAAAGUUUGCCGCUGAAGUGCUACAGUAUUUUUAUGACUGUUGGAAGAACAGUUCCAAUAUACGUAUUCGAGUGAGUUGAAGUUGUGGAUAAAAAACAAGAAGUAAAAAAAGAAAAAUAAAAACAAGUGUUCCCAAGGAUCUUAUGGUAUCAUGAUUUUGUGCAGUGCUCAUUUUUGGUGACGGACGCGCUGAGAUCAGAUCUGCGGUACGGUUUAUCUGACUCGGAGGACCCCGUUUCGGGAUAUAUAUCCUUUAUAGCCGGGAGCAAAGGAUCUCGGAAGAGAAAAGGGUGAAGAUAUCUUACUCCGAUCUUCCAUCAUCCCCAUUCUCUACGGACGUUUUCGAGUCCUGUAAUAUAGUGGGAGGCGAGUAAACCCAUUAACUUCCCCUCCUUCGGAUCGCUCUUCUCACUUUUGUUAUUGUUCCACUCCUGAACCAUCGAGACAUGGAUACGCUUAUGAUAUUGGGUAUCUGCUUCUUCUGCUACGGAAUGUGCGAUCUGAUAAUACGAUACGCGACACCUCCAGUACCGGAGCCUCAGAUGAACGCAGCUUCGUCGAACUCCUCGUCUCUACCGUCGUCAACGACAUCCCAGUCGCCCAAGGUCUUCACGAUCUCUCAGAAACUUCAAAACGCCCCCAACUGAAGCACACCCGAUAAAACCGACCAACGCCAACGAGGGAACGUAUAUCCGCUUCGCUUCGCUUUCGAUUCGCAGUGAAUUUUCGCCCCGAUCACAUCAUGACUCGACUUCUGACUCCGUACCAGACGUCGCGCAAUACGCGUGCGGACGACGGUGCGUUCGAAAUUGACGCGAAGAUCAACGCCUGAAAAAUAGAAGGAGCACGUCGACGAUAAAGAUUAAUACGAAGCGUAAGGCUUGGCGAAGAGGAAGCGGAAUAGCCGAAGUAUCACCCCAGUUGGCUCGAAGCAUCCCGGAGGGAUAAGAGGGAUUUAGUUUUUUCUCAAGAAUUUAUGAGGCGAGAGACGGGCACACGUGGUACUCGGACCGAGGGUCGGGGCACAGGUGGGCCUACCUCGUUCCCCUCGUCGUGACCCGAGUCACGAGCUUAAUUCGAUAUUGUUUCGCCGUUCGUGUAAGAACACCUCGCGAGUGCGGGGGUUGGAGUCGGCAUCGAAACGUUCGGAGCACUCCGUGGAAAGUUUCGUUCGUCUUGACUUACCGGUUCUUCGUCGUAAUCGAGUGAAACGGAGCAGCGAUGGACUCCCUCGAACGGUUGAUGAGUGCCGGUCCGCUGCCCUCCGCUUUGGCCGCAGCGUCACGAUCGCAAAACGCGUUCGUACAAGCUAGCCUGUGCUCCGCAUUUGGCCGCAAGGGUCGACAUCUAACCGGGACAUUCUGCCUCACCGGCGACACCAUGGAAGGCAUUAUACAGUGUCUCGUCUUUCUCAAAGCUUUCUCGCUGGUCGGAGGCGAAUUCGACAUGGAGUUGAACUUCGUGAUUCAGGACGCUCAGAACAUCAGGCAUAUGCUGGAGUUACUCGACCACUGUCCACCGAAUCUACAGGCUGAAAUAUGGAGCGUCUUCAUAGCCAUACUGAGAAAGAGCGUCCGCAAUCUACAGGCCUGCACCGACGUCGGCUUGAUCGAGCACGUGCUUCACCGGCUAACCCGUGCUGAAACUGUCGUCGCAGAUUUGCUGAUUGACAUGCUCGGUGUAUUGGCGAGUUACAGCAUCACGGUGAAAGAGUUGAAACUCUUGUUCGGAGCGAUGAAAGCAGUGAAGGGAAAAUGGCCGAGACAUUCGGCGAAGCUGUUGAACGUCCUUCGUCAAAUGCCUCAAAGGAAUGGACCGGACGUAUUUUUCAGUUUUCCUGGAAGGAAGGGUUCGGCCGUAGUUUUACCACCCCUGGCUAAAUGGCCGUACGAAAAUGGAUUCACAUUUACCACCUGGUUCAGGCUCGAUCCCAUAAACUCUGUGAACAUAGAAAGAGAGAAGCCGUACCUGUACUGUUUCAAAACGAGCAAGGGUGUGGGGUACUCCGCACACUUCGUAGGCAACUGUUUGGUGCUUACUUCGAUGAAGGUGAAAGGCAAGGGCUUCCAACACUGUGUCAAAUAUGAAUUUCAACCACGUAAGUGGUACAUGAUCGCGGUGGUGUACAUAUACAAUAGAUGGACGAAAAGCGAAAUAAAAUGUCUCGUCAACGGUCAGCUCGCAUCUAGCACGGAAAUGGCGUGGUUCGUUUCCACCAACGAUCCAUUUGAUAAAUGCUACAUUGGCGCAACCCCGGAACUCGACGAGGAGCGUGUAUUUUGCGGACAAAUGAGUGCGAUAUACUUAUUUAGUGAAGCACUUACCACUCAUCAAAUAUGCGCUAUGCACAGGCUGGGUCCUGGGUACAAGAGUCAAUUUCGCUUUGAUAACGAAUGUUACCUCAAUCUACCUGACAAUCACAAAAGGGUGAGUGACGAGCCGGAGCUCGUUAGCAUGUUGGACCAAAGUAUGCAGCCUGUGCUCUACGACGGAAAAUUAUCGAACGCCAUCGUGUUCAUGUAUAAUCCAGUCGCUACGGAUUCCCAACUAUGUUUACAAAGUGCCCCUAAAGGGAAUAUGUCUUACUUUGUGCACACACCGCACGCCCUCAUGCUCCAGGAAGUGAAGGCUGUUAUAACUCACUCCAUACACAGCACCCUCAAUUCCAUCGGUGGUAUACAAGUACUGUUUCCAUUGUUCUCUCAGCUGGACAUGUCAUACGAUUGUGUUACUGCAAAUGAUAUAAAAAGGGAUCCAACGCUGUGUUCCAAGCUUCUUGGAUUUAUCUGUGAUUUGGUUGAAAGCUCGCAAACCGUUCAGCAACAUAUGGUUCAAAACCGUGGAUUUUUAGUGAUCAGUUAUAUGCUGCAAAGAGCAAGUAGGGACCACUUGACCACGGAGGUACUUGCUUCAUUUUUGGAACUGACGAAACAUCUGGUCACUUGCCUCAGUGCGAACAGUGAUCUUUUAUUGAAACAGUUGUUUCACUUUUCAUUCCUAACAUGGCAGCUGCUGGAUCAUGUUCUAUUUAAUCCUGCCUUGUGGAUUUACACUCCGGCACCCGUACAAUCUCGUCUCUACUCAUAUUUGGCCACAGAAUUUCUGAGCGACACUCAGAUCUAUUCGAAUGUAAGAAGAGUAUCCACCGUACUCCAAACUGUACAUACUCUCAAGUAUUACUACUGGGUAGCGAAUCCUCGAGCUAAAAGUGGUAUUACGCCCAAGGGAAUGGAUGGACCCCGGCCUCAGCAAAAAGAUAUUUUAACGAUACGCUCGUACAUCUUGUUAUUCUUGAAACAGUUAAUAAUGAUAGGCAAUGGAGUUAAAGAUGACGAAUUGCAGAGCAUUCUCAAUUAUUUGACAACAAUGCAUGAGGAUGACAACUUGCACGAUGUACUGCAAAUGCUCAUAUCCCUUAUGUCGGAACAUCCAUCAUCUAUGGUACCUGCGUUUGACGCUAAGCAGGGUGUGAGAACUAUUUUCAAACUGCUAGCAGCCGAGAGCCAACUCAUACGUCUUCAAGCUCUCAAAUUGCUGGGAUUCUUCCUGAGCCGCAGUACACAUAAGAGGAAGUAUGAUGUCAUGAGCCCACACAAUUUGUAUACGUUAUUGGCUGAACGGCUGUUGCUCAACGAAGAAACACUUUCUCUACCAACGUACAAUGUUUUAUACGAGAUCAUGACCGAACAUAUAAGUCAACAAAUUCUGUAUACGCGACAUCCCGAACCGGAGUCACUCUAUCGAUUAGAAAAUCCGAUGAUACUGAAGGUUGUGGCAACUUUGGUCAGACAGUCGAAGCAAACCGAACAACUCCUAGAGGUCAAGAAAUUGUUUCUAUCGGACAUGACCCUGCUUUGCAACAACAACAGGGAAAAUCGACGAACGGUUCUCCAAAUGUCUGUGUGGCAAGAGUGGCUGAUAGCCAUGGCCUACAUCCACCCUAAAAAUACAGAGGAACAAAAAAUUUCGGAUAUGGUUUAUUCGUUGUUUCGCAUGCUUCUCCAUCACGCUAUCAAGCACGAAUAUGGAGGAUGGCGUGUUUGGGUCGAUACGUUGGCGAUUGUGCAUUCGAAAGUAUCUUAUGAAGAGUUCAAACUACAAUUUGCUCAAAUGUACGAACAUUAUGAGCGACAGAGAUCUGACAAUAUAACCGAUCCAGAAUUACGCCAACAGAGACCAAUCAGCACGAUAUCGGGAUGGGAUCAGCAACACUCGGGCAAUAAUGGUUAUACUAGGCCCAUACCUUGGACCAAUUCACAACAGCCGUCUUUGCCAGAUCCGGAACAACAUUAUAAGGAAUUCGAUAACCCAGACGCGAUUGACCGUUUGGAGGAAUCGUGUAGCUGUGACCUCAAUUCCAUUGAUAAUACCGAAAGCGAUGGUAGUCCAGCUCUUGUUAAAUCACGUAGCGAAACUAUGGAAGCAUUGCAAUCAAGCGAAGCUGUGUCUUUGGAUUCGCGACUGAGUGAUAAACCAGAAACCCCGACAACUGCACGAGAAAAUAAUUCUGACACGCCAACAAUACUUGAGGAAGCGUACAGCGAGCCUAUUUCUCUUCCAACAACGCAUGAAACGAGCGAGAUCAUAUCCAUAGAAAGCUCCAGCGAUUUGUACAGUGAUGUCCAUAAGAUAGAAAGCUCUAGCCCAGACUCAAUGUUACAGGAAACUACGAAAGAAACUAUUAUUGCCUCCUCUACUGAGCACCCACCAGCUGGAAAUGAUUGUCCAGUAGUUGAAGUUGAAGACGAUAACGUUGUAAUUGAACCGAUUGACGAAAGUAUAACUGAGCGGACUGUUUCAAAGGACGCGCACACCGAAACUGACGACGUAGUAGAGGCAAAAGAUAUCUCACAGAACUCUAGUGAGCCUGAAAAAGCUGAAACUGGGAUUGAAAAUAAAUCGGAAGAAGUAGCUGAACUUCAUAUUGAAUCACUGGAAGAUAAGCGAACAGAUGAAACAUUGAAUGAUAAAGUGAUUGUUGAAGCGCCGGACGAAACAGGAAUCGAUGAAACAUUGGAAGAAAAACUAGUCGAUGAUACAUCAGAAGAAAAAGAAGUUGGUGAAUCGGCGGAACUGAAUAAUACAUCGGAAGAAAACUCCCAUAAGGAAGAAACGGUUGGAAAAGAUGAUAGCAGUACUGUUGUUGAUAAAGUUGAAGAGCCCAUCGCCAUUAGUGAAGAUCCAGUUGCCAUAACUCCUUCAGAAAGUGAAAAUGCUACCUCGGAAGAUAAAUCCGAUGACUAUGCGAUUCCGCCAAAAACCGAAGCCGAUGAAGUGGAAAAUGUUGCUCCUACGGAAGAUCGUCGAGAAGUUAUCGAGAGGGACGAGGUUGAGGUGAGUCCGUCCUCAACUGAUAAUGUGGACGACUCGAGUAGAAUUAAGAGUAGCGUGGAAACUCCGGAGAUCGAGGAGGGAGGUAUCAAGAAAGAAGUAACACCGGAAAAUGGAGACAUUGGCGUUAAGACUGAUGGUCAAGACAACCAAGAAAUUUCUGAAAAUGUAAAAAGUCUCAAUUGCUCAACUAGUGUAAUAGAAAGCUCUGAAACGUGUAAAGAGACAGUAGACGUAGAGGGUAAUGGUUCGGAAUCGAUAGAAAAUAGUGAGUUAAGUAACGGAGAUAGCACCGCGCACUCUGUAGUGAACGAAAAAAGUGCUGUUAUUAAUGGUAAUAAUAAUGGCAACGAAGAAGAGGUCAAUGACGAACAUUCAGGAGAACCGUCCAAUGUUUCUAUUAGUGUAAGUGAUAAAACAGACAUUCCAGUGAGGACUGAAACCAUAGAAAUAGAAGAUAGUGUUUCCAAUAAUAGUGAUGUUCAAAGUUCUGUAGCUAAUGUGACUCAAGUGCCAAAUCCCAAACAGCAAAUUCCAACAAUAUCCACGGUCUGUGAUGCAACUAAAAAUUUACCCGACGGUGUGCCUCAAAUUAUUAGUUCUAAAACUAUUGCGACGGACGAUCAGUUAGUGAAUAACUUAAAUUCAGAUCACAUAGAUGCUCAUCGUAGAUCUAGCCUACCGAUCGUCCCCUCCGAGAAUAUCGCGGAUGGGGGUGUCGACGAUGCUCCUUCGCUACCCUUACCCCUGCGUAAAAUGUCAUCACCUCAAAAGCGACCAAGGAGUGCCUCUACAUCAACACAAGUUGACCCGAAUCAUUUUGAGUCUAAGCGGGCUAAACAAGGAAACCCUUCGACAAGGCCGAUGUUCAGUCCAGGCCCGACCCGACCACCGUUCAGGAUACCUGAGUUCAAGUGGUCGUAUAUACAUCAAAGAUUACUCUCAGACGUCUUAUUUUCCCUGGAAACGGAUAUUCAAGUAUGGCGAAGCCACUCGACAAAAUCUGUAUUGGAUUUUGUGAACAGCAGUGAGAAUGCUAUAUUCGUGGUAAAUACUGUCCACUUGAUCUCUCAACUCGCUGAUAAUCUUAUAAUAGCUUGUGGAGGACUCUUACCUUUGCUGGCUUCGGCAACUUCGCCCAAUAGCGAACUGGAUGUAAUAGAGCCGACUCAGGGUAUGCCAAUUGAGGUAGCUGUUUCCUUUCUGCAGAGACUAGUCAAUAUGGCCGACGUACUCAUUUUCGCUAGUUCAUUAAAUUUUGGAGAACUAGAGGCAGAAAAAAAUAUGUCCAGCGGUGGGAUUCUGCGUCAAUGCCUGCGAUUGGUCUGUACAUGUGCCGUUAGAAACUGCUUAGAGUGUAAAGAACGUGGCAGACCUUACAGCAUGUUAGGUCGACAGAUUGGUUCUAGUAAUAAAUCACAUCACAUACAAUCGCUCAUAAGAGGAGCUCAAACUUCGCCCAAGAAUAUUGUUGAUAAUUUAGCAAGUCAACUAAGUCCAGUGAAGGAUCCUGAAAAGUUGUUGCAAGAUAUGGAUGUGAAUCGCCUGAGAGCUGUUAUUUACAGAGAUGUUGAAGAAACCAAGCAGGCUCAGUUUCUGUCCCUGGCUAUAGUUUACUUCAUCUCUGUACUAAUGGUAUCUAAGUAUAGGGACAUUCUGGAACCUCCUAUCCCGCAACGACCACCAAGCCCGGUUCAAACUAUUCAGACAAAUGGAACGAAUCUCAGGCCAGGAAGUCCCUCAGCAGAUGGGAUUGGUGGUGGAGGAGGGCGGCCACUGUUCCCGCAGUGGUCUCACCAUGUGUACCCUCAGUUCCUUCCGGGGUCUCACCCCAACGCCAAUGCCAACCAUCACACCAGCCAGCACCACCACCAGCACCCAAUACCACCGGCUGCAAGGCACACUAGUCGCCAGCCCCCCUCCAGCUAUUAUUUCCCCAAUAACCAGAACAAUCAUUCCAAUCAUCAUUCGAAUAACUAUAACUUCCAUCAUCAUCAUCAUUACCAUCAUCACAAUAACAACAAUCAUCAUCAUACGCUUCAAAAGCAUAUCGAUCAGCCCCGAAAUCUCUAUCAUAGAAAUUCUGGUGUCGGUCUGCAAGGGAGUGGCGGUGUGAUGAGCCAAUCUGGUUCCCAAGAUGAUGGGGAAUACGAAGUAAUAAUUGUUGGGGAAAAUAAUUCUUCGAUCUUGGCUGACCAUGAUAUUUCCUCGAGUGGUCCUGCCUCUAUCAAGGGAGGUCACAGUGGUGUACCUCGAUCACGGGCUAUCCUGGAGGAUAAUUACGCCUCACCCGACUCUACACUUGGUUAUGCUCCAAGACCAGAGCCACUCCCACGCAAUAUGCAGAGUAAUGAUUCAAGUGAAGAAACGAUUCAUCAGAGCAAUCUCACGGCUGAUCCCAGUCCGUCAGAAGCGACUACCGAUAACGAAAACAAGCUCAAUUCUUCCGAGGAUGCUUGGACCGACGUGAACCUCAACGAGGACGGGGAUUCAAUUUCCACUUCUAAUCCAAGAGAUGAUCCUCGCAACAUUCACAAUGUCGCUCAUUCGCGGGGGGAUAUACCUGAUAACGAAGGCAAUGUCCUGGAUCAGGAAAUGUUGGCUAACUCGGAACGAGGAGAAAAACCAACUGCUGAAAUCUCUGUCGUGCGAGUACCCGACCGAUUGGUGAUGACAGCUACAUCGGCGCGGCCCGAUGAGCUCCCGAUCAAGGGACUCGUCGAUCACCUUCCCAUACCUACACCAUCGCGAGAAGCCUCGCUUACUCAAAAACUGGAAAUGGCACUGGGAUCCGUCUGUCCACUCCUCAGAGAAAUAAUGGUCGAUUUUGCGCCCUUCUUAUCCAAAACUCUGGUUGGUUCGCAUGGGCAGGAACUCCUCAUGGAAGGAAAAGGAUUGACCACUUUCAAGAACAGUAACUCCGUAGUGGAACUUGUCAUGCUGUUGUGUUCCCAAGAAUGGCAAAACUCUCUACAGAAACACGCUGGUCUCGCUUUUAUCGAGCUUAUCAAUGAAGGACGGCUGCUGUCUCAUGCGAUGAAGGAUCACAUAGUCCGCGUUGCAAAUGAAGCCGAAUUUAUCCUGAACAGAAUGCGAGCAGAUGACGUCUUGAAGCAUGCUGACUUCGAAUCUCAGUGUGCUCAAACUUUGUUGGAUCGUCGAGAAGAGGAGCGAAUGUGCGAUCAUCUGAUCACGGCUGCCAGAAGACGAGAUAACGUAAUUGCCAGUCGAGUUCUAGAAAAAGUUCGCAAUAUUUUGUCAAACAAACACGGUGCCUGGGGCUACAUGGACCCGAUGGCAGCAAGAAUGGCUGAAUUCUGGAAAUUGGAUGCAUGGGAGGAUGAUGCCCGAAGGCGAAAGCGUUUCGUGCACAAUCCCCUGGGCUCCAGUCACCCAGAAGCAACUCUUAAAGCAGCCCUAGAGCACGGUGCCCCAGAAGACGCGAUUCUUCAAGCUCGAGAAGAGUUUCAUGCCCAUCUGGCAGCCUCUCGAGCUCACCAACAGCAAAUUCAAUCGGCAGACCUCAUGGACGACAACGAAUUACUUUCGGACGACAGAGACCUUGACAAUGACCUAACAGGUCCAGUGAACAUCAGCACGAAAGGGAAACUGAUAGCUCCAGGAAUCGUGGCGCCCGGCAUCAUCUCCGUUACCUCGACGGAGUUGUACUUCGAGGUGGACGAGGACGACGCUGAAAUCAAGAAAAUCGACACUGAGGUGCUCAAGUACUGCGACCACCUCCACGGAAAAUGGUACUUUUCGGAAGUACGUGCGAUAUUUUCGCGGCGUUACCUUUUGCAAAAUGUUGCGAUAGAAAUCUUCCUCGCGAGCAGAACUUCCAUCCUAUUCGCAUUCCCCGACCAAGCCACGGUGAAAAAGGUGAUCAAGGCGCUGCCGCGAGUCGGCGUUGGAAUCAAAUACGGGAUUCCGCAGACUAGAAGAGCCUCGAUGAUGUCUUCGCGACAACUCAUGAGGAGUUCGAACAUGACGCAGAAAUGGCAACGCAGAGAAAUCUCCAAUUUUGAAUACCUCAUGUUCCUCAACACAAUCGCAGGACGGACCUACAACGAUCUCAACCAGUAUCCAGUGUUCCCUUGGGUCUUGACCAACUACGAAACAAAAGAAUUGGAUCUCAGCCUGCCAAGCAAUUACCGUGACCUCUCCAAGCCCAUUGGCGCCUUGAACCCCAGUCGUCGUGCUUACUUCGAAGAACGUUACCAGAGCUGGGAACACGACAGUAUACCACCAUUUCACUAUGGGACCCAUUACUCGACGGCUACCUUCGUCUUGAACUGGCUGAUACGCGUGGAGCCGAUGACCACGAUGUGCUUGGCGCUUCAGGGGGGCAAAUUCGAUCACCCCAACAGGUUAUUUUCAUCGAUAGCACUUUCUUGGAAGAAUUGUCAGCGUGACACUUCGGAUGUAAAGGAACUUAUACCCGAGUUCUUCUUCCUCCCUGAAAUGUUGAUCAAUAGCAAUCGAUACAGAUUGGGAAGACAGGAGGACGGCAGUGCGGUCGGUGACGUCGAUUUACCACCGUGGGCGUCUUCGCCGGAAGAAUUUAUCCGCAUCAACCGAAUGGCCCUCGAAUCCGAAUUUGUUUCGUGUCAACUGCAUCAGUGGAUCGACCUGAUAUUCGGCUACAAACAAAAGGGCCCCGAAGCUGUCAGAGCAACCAACGUUUUUUACUAUUUGACCUACGAGGGCAGCGUUGAGUUAGACUCGAUCGGUGAUCCCGUAAUGAAGGAAGCGAUCGAAAAUCAGAUCCGGAACUUUGGUCAGACUCCCUCGCAGUUGCUUAUGGAACCCCAUCCUCCUAGGAGCUCCGCCAUGCACCUGUCGCCGAUGAUGUUCUCCAGCAUACCAGACGACGUUUGCAUGACCAUCAAGUUUCCUUCAAACUCACCAGUUUGUCACAUAUCGGCAAAUACUUACCCCCAGCUUCCGCUACCUUCUGUAGUUACCGUUACCACUGGACAGCAAUUUGCUGUUAAUCGAUGGAACACAAGUUACGCGGCCUCUGUUCAAUCGCCAAGUUACGCGGAUACUCCGCAAACGCAAGCAGUAAAUCAACCCUUGUCUAUGGAUCCCGUUCUUUCCCAAACAUCGAACAGCUCCAAUCCAGCCCUGCGUCGACACUUGGGCGACAAUUUCAGUCAGAAGUUGAAGAUUCGCAGUAAUUGCUUCGUCACUACUGUGGACAGCAGAUUCCUGGUCGCCUGUGGAUUUUGGGAUAAUAGUUUCCGUGUAUUUUCAACUGAGACAGCAAAAAUUGUUCAGAUCGUCUUCGGUCAUUACGGUGUGGUGACUUGCCUUUCCCGCAGCGAGUGUAACAUCACAUCCGACUGUUACAUUGCUUCGGGAAGUGCGGAUUGCACGGUUUUGCUAUGGCAUUGGAACGCUCGCACCCAGACAAUCGUGGGGGAAGGUGAAGCGCCGGCUCCACGUGCCACUUUGACCGGUCACGAGCAACCCGUGACAGCGGUUGUUAUAUCCGCUGAGCUUGGAUUAGUCGUUUCCGGAUCCCACUAUGGUCCAGUUCUCGUUCAUACGACAUUCGGUGAUCUCUUGAGAUCGUUGGACGCACCUUCUGGCUAUUCCUCCCCUGAAAAUAUAGCCAUGUCUCGCGAGGGUGUAAUAGUCGUUAAUUACGAGCGAGGUCAUGUCGCAGCAUUCACGAUCAAUGGAAAACGGCUUCGUCACGAGUCGCACAACGAUAAUCUCCAGUGCUUGCUGCUGAGUCGAGACGGCGAGUAUCUAAUGACCGGAGGAGACAAGGGAAUCGUAGAGGUUUGGAGAACGUUCAAUCUCGCUCUUCUUUAUGCUUUUCCGGCUUGUGAAAGCAGUGUGCGAUCUCUGGCGCUCUCGCACGAUCAAAAGUUCUUACUCGCUGGAUUGGCCAAUGGUUCGAUGGUGAUAUUCCACAUCGAUUUUAACAGGUGGCAUCACGAGUUCCAACAACGUUAUUGAAUGAUAUAAUUAAAAACUGCGGCAAUGGCUACAAAAUUGCAUUCCAUCGUUAAGUGAAAUCAAUAUUUCGAAAUCAGUCAAAGUAUUGGGACUAAGUUUUUUAGUGUAAAUCUGCUGAACCGCUCCAAUCAGGUAACACUAAAAUAUUUCCUGUUGUAUUUCAAAAAGUCGGUCAAAUAAUGCGACAAAGUCACAAAGAAUCAUCAAAUCAUACGAAUCCACAUUGAUCCGAUAAUAUUUCUAAUUUGAGUCCACUUUAGAUUAGAUAUGAAAUCAUUAAUAGUCCACUCAACUCGAACGCACGUGAAUCACUCGUCCUAGUGAUUGAAAAAUUAGAAAUAAAUCACGUAAUUUUGACCGAGGUUCAGUUGACUGUUAUAGUCCUUAUAAUAACUUGAGUCGUGAUAUUUUUUUGAAGAAACAUUUACUAUCGAAACAGGUUUUCGAUGAUUUUAGAUUUUAGAUUGACGAUAGAGAUUGUUCAACACUUGAAUGCGAGUAUUAUUCAGUAUUUUUAACCACGAGUCACUCAACCGCGGAAUUUUGACAACGAAAUUUCAUGUAGAAUUUUAGUUCUCUCCGUUACUCCUGGGAUACCUACUUUAAAAUUGUAAAGAGAAACCCCGUACAUGUUACCCCUGAAAUAAAUUCAUAAAAAUCAAGUGGGAUGUAAUGUGCAAUCGGUGUUUGUUAACUCACGAAUCAGAUUAACGUGCGGGUGAUCGUGCGGUAGGUACUUACUUAGGUGUUUAGUGUUAUUGAGAAAGUACUUCUGAGUGUGUAUUAAAUUAGUGUAACUUGGUAUUGGUAUUAGUAUCGGUAAUGGUAAUAAACGAACCAGGCGUGUGUAAUAUUAAAAUAUGGGUAACAACAUGAAAACGAUAAUAGAUUUUAAUUUAAAUGAAAUAAAGUUGAAAAAAAACGAAAAAACCAACAAAAAAAAAAAAAUGAAAACUGUAGAUUUGCGCCUAUGUGUUGAAUUGCUAUAAAUAAUAAUGAUAAUAAAAUUAAUAACAUAUGGAAAUUGGAGAUGUAAGUGUACAUGAUUAUCGAAUAUAAUAUAAUCGUCGAGCCGUUUAUACCUACUGUAAUAAUCGUAGUGCAUAAAAAGCUUAGCUAUUUAUUGAUAUAACUAAAGAGAAGUUGAAUAUUAACGCUAGUCAAUUACGGAGACUUGUGUCUAUCUACGUUGCGAUCUUUCGGAAGCUUACACUACAAAACAGAUUGAAUCAAGAAAAUGAAUAAAAAAUGUUAAUUAUAAUGUAAAAGUAAAAAAAGAAAACGAAAGAGAUAAAUUUGCAAAGAGAUGCCAAACUAUGCGUAACUUAUUUUUAUGCAUCUAUCUGUAAACGUAAGUUUGGCGAAUAUUUCUGUUAGUGCGUACCGUGUACAAUGUACAUAUAUCUAUACAUUAUGAUACUUAUAUUAUUACCUAUAAAUACAUGAUUGAAUCUAAGCUGUCUCUGCAAAGAGAGAAGAAAGUAGUAGAUUUGCAGAAACGGACGAGACAAAUGUUAAUAUAAUGAACCCCGGGCAUGGGCUUGGUCGCCACCGAUUGAAAAAAGAGAAAAAUGGAUGAAAUAUUCCAUGAUAAGCUUCGUCGCAGCCAAGGGUAUAAACGGAGCGUUUAUCGUGAAAUCUUUCCCUGCAAUCCGAAAACUAAUUCGUGUGCUUUAAUUGAGAUGAUCCUAAUUUAAUCAAGGCCGUCCAGCUUAACUUUGUGGAGGAUAUUUCAUAAUAUUCACACAAUCAAUAUAGUAUCGAAUAAUCAGAUAAUGAAAAAAGAAGAGCCCGAGCAGCUGUGGUUUCUUCACAUAGCUAAGAUGGAUAAAAGUCUAACAAAAAGAGAGGAAAAAAAGAACAGCGAAGAAUAAAAGAAUUUCAUAAUACUCCAAGCAUUUCAGUAACACUAAAAAUUAAGUACCGAUAUUAAUCCGAAUGAAUGAAAAUCUUCGUAAAAUAAUUAUUUUCCCGACGAUCCGAAAAGCUCAAUAUUAAAAUGUUGCUAGUCGUUGAAACGAAAUCCUUGAAACUAAUACAUACAAUUAUAUCGUUGAACCUAACAUAAAAUCUACGACGGCUACAUGGUGUUUUUAAUUGAAAGCAAUCUAAAUUUUAGCUGGUUCAUAAAUACAUGUAAUAUACACACGUAUUUUGUAGUCAUCUUCAUAUAGCUAUAAUACAUUGCACUGCUAUAGUAUACACAUAAUAUAAAAAGAAGAUCUAACGUUUUACGUUAAAUAUUCAUUAAUUAAUGUGAAUGAUGUGUACUAAUGAUUUAUCCAGUCUAUACAGCACGUAUGCACAAGAUAACGCUAAUUGAUCAGCUAAUCAAUAAUAAUUAAAUAGUUACGUAAAAUGCUUCGAAGCUAAGAAUUGCUCACACUACGAUACGAUGCAUGGUCAGUCGUGUUACUGCGAUUUUAUGCGGUAGGGUGCAGAUUGUUGCAUAUUCUUAACUCGAUUACACGAAAUUGUAUUUAUUAACUAUUGCAAAAAGUCUCCUAUAUUUACUUACGUAGCGUAAUUAUUGAAUUUUUAUUACUAUAUCAUAUAUAGAUCCGUGGAAGAAGAAAAAGAAGAAAAAUUGAUAGAACUAGAAAGAAUCGAAUAAUAAAUCGCGCGUUGAUUGUAGUAUGGAAGUCGUCAGAUAAUUCUGUUCGAGCUCAAUACAUGAUGCAAAACCGAUUCACGUGUCUUCUUGUUUGAAGUGCAGUCUCAUUACUAAAUAUAUUAUUAAUAUUCUAUACGGCUAGAGAAUGAUCGUUGCGCUACUGUAAUGAUAAAUAAUAAUAAAUAUACCAGCAGUUAAUGUCGAAUAAACAUGCAUCUUAUCAAACAUAAUCAAUUUGUUAUGCAACCAGAUAUUAAAAAUCCAUAAUCAGUAUCAAAAAAUAAAAAUAAUAACAGACCUGAAAUGACAAAAAAGUUUAAUUGGUAAAAAAAAGUAAAAAAAAAAUUAAAAAAAGAAAUAAAAAAAAUUAAUCAGUGCAGAGUAGCGAAUUGAGGUGAAUGUGACGCAGAAUUUUUAUAUUUCUUUAUAGGUGUGAAUGCAGCAUUUUUCAAGCAAGUUGUUAGUGAAUUCCCUCCAUUUUGCUAAAAAAAAAAAAUUAAUAAAAAAGUAAAAAAUACUAUAUGGUAAUAUAUAUGUUAAACUCAAAUCAACUUCUGUCCGAACUUAUAACUUUCAGUAUACAUAUGUAUAAGUAAUAAUAACGCUGUUACACAUCUAAUACUUAAAAUUAAUGAAAAAAAAAACCUGAAAAAAAAAACUUAAGAAGAAAGAUAUGAAGCUGAGUACAAUAUGCUAUGAGAGUUUGCCUACAUUACAUGAUGAUUAUUAUUGUCAUUAUAUGAAUACCAUCACCGUUAGUGUAUGAUCAUUAUUAAUAAUAUGUACACCUAUGAUACUUAGCAUACAUGUACGAUAUAAUAUUGUAUAAUGCAUAGAUUUGUAUAUUCGAUAGGUAAGCAACACAUAUGAAUGUUUUACGCGUUGAGUAGCAUUUCAACCUACUCAAUAGACGCAAAUAGUUUAUUAUCAAUGAUUAUUCUAUAAUUUUAUCGUCAGUAAUAAAUUGAUGAAGGUAUAAAAAUUGUGUGAAGUUUCAUUCUGUCUGUUCUAAUUAUAUAUAUAAACUAUAUGGGUCUGCCUUUAAUAGAUCAUGAGGACUAGACCAGAAAAAAAAAUCUCAUAAGUUAAUAUCAUCGUUAUCUUCGUUAUUAUCAUUGCUAUUAUGAUUAUUAUUGAUAGUAUUAUCGAUAUUAUUAUAACUAUGAUUACACAUCCGUUUAUAAACCUAAAUGUCAAAUAACAACUAUUAUAAACUCAAAAAAGAUUAUAUAAUUGAUAAAAAUGUAGAAAUAACAUGUAUACAGUCAUAAAUAAGCGUCUAAUUGUUAGAUAUUAUCAUGUUUCAUUGCUCCCUUUUUUCAGUUUCGCAAAUUUCACGAAAAAAAGGUAAAAACGAAUAAUGGUAACGUGCACGAAUCACAAUAGACAAAUAGCUGGUAUAAUACAGACAGUUUAUUUAAUUGUACUGACAAUAUAAAUCACUUGAAUCGUUGUACACCAUGUAAUCCGUUGUACAGUUCAUUGAUUUGAAGAGUAAAAAUAUAGAUAACGUCACUUUAAUUGAGGUUUUUAAAAAAAUCUAAUUCCAAUUUCGAAUGUUAUCAUCGUUAUGACCGCCCGAGCUUUUUUCUCAGCAUUGAAUGUUACAAAUAAAAAUGCAUUUAUCAUAGCUGGGAUAGAUAGAAAAAGAUUCAAUCUUGUCAAUGACUUAGAUUGAGGAUUUUUCUGAUCCAAUGAAGAGAACGCGGUUACAGAUUUAAAAUGAAAUAGAUUCUCCGUUUCCCUCAAAAACGCCCGCGCUACAUUCAUCAGGCACUAGAACUAUUGAAUAAAGAAUACACAAUUUGAGAAAAUAAAUGUCUGUAGAAAUAAUCGAAUCGUUGCUACUUAACUAAUAUAUGAUAAGCUUAUCAUUCGGGAUUAUUUUAUACUUAGGAUUAUUAUGUAACAAAUAGUGAUAUCAUAAUGGGAAAGUUGUAUUCUAGCGAUAAGGCAAGUAGUUUAAGAACAAAAAAAAAUGUAUAAAUUAAAUAGUGGAAAUAAAUUAAUGGUACAUUUAAAUAUA